CAAACCUCAACAACCGUUCUCUAUUGCUGUGUUAGGUUUAUAAUGACUGAUUCUUCUCUUGUAGCAUGACACAUUUACAGCUUGGAGCCACACAUGCACAUUGGAAAAACUGGAAGAAGUACAAAUCGUUGCACUGGAGUCCAAUAAUUAGCCAAAGUGAAAAAUUACACCACCCAAAGGGACAGAAAGGGACCUUUAUUUGUUACAGAGUAGAAUCGAAGAGGAUGCGGUAGACAAUAACGAUUUACACCAGAGCAAAGCUUUACUUAAAUAAUGUAUCAUUAGGCAGUGAUUAGUUCAUCAAUAUCUGGCAAUCGACUGCCAACUCUGCACGUCAUCAUUUAUUCCUCAUUAACGCUGAAGCAGCUGCACUGAACAGUAACUCGUCUUUUAUUUAUUCAUGAUUAUAUGAACAUUAGUCACUCUUUUUGUGACACCCGCCUCCCUAUUGAAUGGGGUCAUUCAUUAUCUCUCCACUUCUUAACCUUUGAGCAUGAGCAGUGUCCCAACAAACGGUGGACCACACGACACUGUUCAAACUGUUCUAGCUACUUUGCAAAAUAUAACAGAUGACAUAUUUGCCGGGGCCAUUUUGAUUUUUUUUUUCUGACGUGUACUAAACAGCUAAUACCAGCCAGAAAAAAAGAAAAAAAUCCCUGCAGGUCCUUCAGUGUUGCUGUCCGCCUCUUGGCAGCCUCCCUGACCAGCUUUCGUCUCAUCUUUUCAUUAAUUUUAAAGGUACAUCCAGUUCUUGGUGACAGCACUGUUGUGCCAUAUUUUUUUCCCACUUGGUAAUUGGAAAAUAAGUUUCGUGCUGCCAUCAAGCAAUUUCAAGAACAUUUGCCGUUGUAGCAAACGGUGUGACAACUUCAGACCAAUUUGUGUUGAAACAGCUGUCAUUGCUGCAGUGAUUUCCUUUACUCUUUUCUUCCUUUUUACUAUAUUCUAAAAAUAAGCAAUCAGACAGAAAUGGCAGGCUGACCGACCGUUUUUUUUCUCUGGUGAAUGAAUUAUAUUUUAUGAUGAGAAGCACCCGCAGUUGGAUUUCAAAAACUUCCUGACACUUUCCGGGGUUUAUAUAUUUUUAUGUUGACAUUCAAGUGAAGAGAUAUUUUGAUAAGCUUGUCUAAUUUUAGAGGUACUGAUGCCCUUGGAUGCUCAUUUGUUAAAUAAUGCCUUACAUAAACGUCUCUUUUUUUAAAUAGUGUUUGUGUUGGCAGCCCUCCAUUAUCACAUACAGAAGACUGGUUGUUCUCUCACAGCCACUACUGAAGUAAUCAUCGUUGUGAUCAAAACACGCAGCUCCUGCAAAAAUGGUAUUUUGAAACCAAAAGGAGUGACAAGAAGACAAAUGUGAAAAACGAGCAGAUGUCCACUCUUACUGGGGGAUGAGUUUGUACUGGUCGUAACAAUAGAAAUGAAAAAGCUACUUUUUCAAGUUCAUUGAGGAAAAGCAUCACAAGCAUGUUCAGCCAAACUGCUUGAAAUGUGAUUAUGAGCAGCAACUAAAAUGAUAGUAAGCUAAUAUAAUACUCCAGAAUGUCCUGUACAAAUCUGCAAGACACCAUUUUAAUUAGAAACACUACCGCAGUUUCUUAACUACUUGAUGACUCCAUGCAAUACUGGACUACAUAUUUCACCGUCGGUAAGGUACGACCCGAUGGUCAUUUUGCAGACGAGGGCGGCCCGGCGGUUCUGUCAGUGGGGUGGGCUGCGCCGCUGUGAGAGAGAACACUUCCCUUUUCAAUCAUACACCAGUAAAUGCAGCCCCUUUCAUUUCUUUUGAGUUUGACAUGCUAACCGCAUGCUCGAAUCUCGACACGGCGAAAGCACAUGUGAACUUGGGGACCAACUCCAACAUUUUCCAUAUGUGUGCAUUCUACGCUCAAUGAUCGUUCCGGCAUUGCUAAAACAACAAAUGUAAUGGUGGCCUAAGACUUUCAUUCUGUAUUACGAGCAAUGCGCAAGGCAAUUGUAGCAUACAAAAGCAAACUCUUUGGUGCACGCGCAGGUAACUGAGUUCUAAGCAUCGAGCGGAAAUUCUCUGUGCGCUGCAGUCAGGCUGUGAUGUUUAUCUGCAGGAUAAUGCACUGGGCGAGGCGCAUCGAGCAGGAGAUUGACAGAGUCUUUCAGCACAUCAGUGGAGCUCAGCAGUUGAAAGGGAUAUACAAUGAAGAAAGGAGACACUUUAAUUUGGGGAAGAAUCAACCUCGAAAAAUCGUGGAGAAGGUGGCUUCCGAUAUCGAGAAACUUCUGGCGAAGAAGCGCAAAGCUCUCGAAAGGCUCGCCAGUGAGGCUGAACGGCUCCAGCAAGAGCAUCCCUGGCAAGAUGGCAUCAAGGAGCUGGACAUGGCCUAUUAUGACUCUAAGGCAGAGCUGGAUCAUUAUUCCAUGGAUGGGGAGAGUGAAGUGGAUAAUCCUUCCCAUAUCAAAUUGGAGUUUGUGUACGACCCCAACUUCAAAAACAAUGUCAACUACUCCUACACGGCUGUUCAGAUUCCCACAGACAUUUAUAAAGGAGCUCCGGUCAUUCUCAAUGAGCUCAACUGGACGCAGGCGCUGGAGAAAGUCUUCAUGGAGAACAGUCGGGAGGAUCCGUCACUACUGUGGCAAGCGUUUGGCAGCGCCACGGGGGUGACACGCUACUACCCGGCCAGUCCAUGGAAAGCCCCAGAUAAAAUCGACCUGUAUGAUGUCAGGAGGAGACCCUGGUACAUUCAAGGUGCUUCCUCCCCCAAAGACAUGGUCAUUCUUGUUGAUGUGAGCGGCAGUGUCAGUGGACUCACACUUAAGCUGAUCAAGGCGUCUGUGAUGGAGAUGCUGGACACUUUGUCCGAUGAUGACUACGUCAACGUGGCGCGGUUCAGUGAGAAGGCAGAGGCAGUGGUUCCUUGUUUCAAACAUCUGGUCCAGGCCAACGUGCGCAACAAGAAAAUCUUUAAAGAGGCAGUGCAGCAGAUGCAGGCCAAAGGCACUACGGACUACAAGUCUGGAUUUCAUUUUGCCUUCAAUCAGCUGCUCAAUAAAACAAACGUGCCACGGGCCAACUGCAAUAAAAUCAUCAUGCUUUUCACCGAUGGAGGUGAGGACCGAGCUCAGGAUGUCUUCAUGCAGUACAACUGGCCCAACAAAACGGUUCGAGUUUUCACCUUUUCAGUGGGCCAGCACAACUACGACGUCACGCCCUUACAGUGGAUCGCAUGCACAAAUAAAGGUUACUAUUUUGAGAUUCGUUCCCUCUGUGCCAUAAGGAUUAACACGCAGGAGUACCUGGAUGUGUUGGGACGUCCCAUGGUUCUUGCAGGCGACGAGGCCAAGCAGGUCCAGUGGACUAAUGUGUACCAGGAUGCUUUGGGGCUUGGGAUGGUCGUAACUGGGACUUUGCCUGUGUUCAAUCUCACCAUGGAUGGAAAACUACAGAACCAGCUGAUUUUAGGCGUCAUGGGAGUCGACGUGCAUCUCGAUGAGAUCAAGCGCCUGACACCACAGUACAGUCUCGGCGCCAAUGGUUACAUAUUUGCAAUUGACCCGAAUGGAUAUCUUCUGCUUCAUCCCAAUCUGCUGCCCAAGCUGGUGCAUGUCCCAGAACCCGUGACACUGGACUUCUUGGAUGCAGAAGUGGAGGACAGCAAUAAAGAGGAGAUCCGACGGCAGAUGAUUGACGGACGGCCAGGUGAUAUGCAGAUCAAAACUCUUAUCAAGUCUGUUGACGAGCAAUACAUUGAUGAGGUGUACAGAGGUUAUACCUGGACCCCUGUCAAUGGUACAGAUUACAGUCUGGGGCUGGUACUACCUCCUUACAACGAGUACUACAUCCAGGCAGACCUCAGUGACGUGAUGCUUCAACUUCAGUACAUGCAGUCAUUACUGCCGAGCUCCUUUGAAUCUUCAGGACAUGUCUUUCUUGCCCCAAGGGAAUACUGCAAGCGUCUGCAGCUUUCGGACAACAACACGCAGUUUUUGCAGAACUUUCUCUCCCUCAUGCUGGAAAUUUCUCCCGGAUCAGAGGAGUGUGACCAAAAGCUCAUACACAACCUGAUCCUGGACUCUAGGAUUAUCGGGCAGCUAGCCUCACGCGUGUGGAAGAACAAGGAUCUCAAUUCGUACGGCUUCCUGGCUGUUUUUGCAUCCACUGACGGAGGCAUAACGCGAGUGUUCCCCAACUUAGCUGCUGAGUUAUGGGAUGAGGACGCCGAGCCUUUCAAUUCAAACUACUACCGAAGGAGCCUUGACAACAAAGGAUACAUGUUCCGAGCUCCACCUAGAGACUCUUUGGAUGACAUGUUAGGACCAGAAAAUGGCACCGCUGGAAUCCUGGUUAGUUCAGCUGUGGAGGUUAAUUUAGGAGGCAAACUUCUCAAGCCUGCAGUGGUGGGCGUAAAGCUGGACCUGGAAGCGUGGGUAGACAAGUUCAAGAUACUGGCCAGCAACGUGUCAGACACCCGGCAAGGCUCCUACAAGUGUGGACCAUCAAGGAGCUGUGAGAUGGACUGUGAGGUGAACACUGAUGACCUCCUCUGCUACCUCAUUGAUGACGGUGGCUUCCUGGUUAUGUCUAAUCAAAGAGAUCACUGGAAAAAGAUCGGACUAUUUUUUGGAGAUGUGGACCCAUACUUGAUGCACGCGCUCUAUAACAACUCCAUCUUCAACCGCCGACAGACUUUUCAUUUCCAGUCAGCAUGUGAGCCUGUCAGCAGCAGCCACACCGGGGCAGCACCUCGACGCUUCUUUUUGCCAUCCGUCGCUGACAUCCUCAGCUUGGCGUGGUGGACGUCCACGGUGGCCUGGUCUUUGAUCCAGCAGCUACUUUACGGACUGGCACACAUCAGCUGGCUCCAACAAGACGACAUCUUCAUAGAAGGCUUUGAGAUAAAGACGAGCAGCUGUGUGACCAUCCAAAGCCAGUUCUUCUUCACCAACACCACCAACUCGUAUAACGUGCUGCAGGAUUGUGGCAACUGCUCGCGGCUGUUCCACGCCAAGCGGAUAGAAAACACCAACCUCCUCUUUGUGGUGGCCGAGACGCUCCCCUGCAGCUCCUGUGAGAUCGAGAGGCUGAGCCAAGUCAAGACGGAGUUCCAGGAGGAAAAUCCUUGCGAGGUACUGAGCAACGCACGAUAUCGGAGAGGUCCGACAAGCUGCCUUGACUUCAGUGCCUUAGAAAAUACUUCCGAGUGUGGACGGGCAGAUUUCGUGCAGCCCUCCAUGGGGGUCCUUCUUGUCCUUCAACUCAUUCUGCCUUUCUUGCGCCACUGACGCGUGCUGCCAUUCACUGACAUGUCGACUAAAGGUCGGGUACCCAAAGCAAGUGACUCAUCUUCUGGAUCAGCAUUUUUUUUCUUUUUAUUUCUCACUGGUCAGUUGAAACAUUCCUUUAACCGGACAACAAAAUAACACUCAAGUGGGACACUUGUCAAUUUGGGGCCAAAUGAGGUGAUAAGGAAUUCGUUAUCAUCUCUUCCUCUCUGGAGCGUUCCGGCAUAUAAGAGCCACGAAUUGAUGCUGAAUGUGCCCCGGCGAUAUAAAAUGUGCUCACGCUUCAAUGCAAUGAAUGC